AUGUACGUCAUAGUCGCACCCAUUCAGAUUAAGGAAGGACAUAGGGAGGCAUUCAUCGAAGCCAUGCUCGACGACGCCAAAGGCUCGGUGAAGGAUGAGCCCGGCUGUCUCAGAUUUGAUGUAAUUCAGGACGGUGCAGAUCCCAACCGGAUCUGGCUCUACGAGAUUUACGUGGACGAGGCAGCUUUCCAAGCCCAUCUGCAAGCCCCUCACUUCAUAAAGUGGCGGGAUACGGUAAAAGACUGGUUCGCCGAAGGUCCCAAAGGGGCAGGAGGGGGAAGUUACAAUAUUUGGCCCCCCGAUGACGAAUGGAAGUAG